UCCGGCCGAGUAGCAAGCAUCUCCGUAAAAAGCAGUACAGCAAAAAUCCGUGAGUCCGUGAGUGUGAUUUAUAUAAUUGGAAUCUAAUCAGAGAAAGACAUUCAGUGAGUGCAAAGUGCAACCAUGAUAAUGGAUAACCAUCAACGUUCAGAUUUGAUCAUCUCCGAUAACCAUUCGACCACCGCCGCUGCAACAAACGUUAAGUCCACGUCGCUGAAACGGUCCUUCGAUGUGGCGUUUCUAAUGAUGCCAGAUGACCGAAUCAAGCAGAGGCAACAAUUGGAGAAACAACCUCGUCUUGGCGACCGCCACUACCCGACGGAUUUAUCGCCACGGCAGCAUGUCGAGACCGGGGAACUUUUCAAUAAUAACACCGAAGUAUCCCGUCGGUAUUCAGGACCACAAGUAAUGGUCAGAUCUCCACCGAGAGUGUAUGAUGACCCGACAAUUAUAGUCACCCCUGAUGUGCCCGAGAACCCAAAGAGUGCAUUCACCAAAGUCAAUCGCCUGGAGUCACCAGUGCCGCCGCCACUUAGUCCCGACCAGCUAAGCUGUCCGUCGAUGAGUCCACCGAUCUCCACAACACCCCCGCGUUCCAACUCAGGACUCUACCAGAACUUCCGACCAGAGUAUCAGUUCAACGGGGCUUUCCAGUCGGUAAAUCAAGUUCAAGCACUUGCGGUUCAGAACCAGCGAAUCAAGCAGCAACUGAUGUACCGUCAUCCUGUGAGUGUUUCUCCCGAUGGAUUUGUGUCCGCUUACCCAGGCUUCCCAUUCCCGAAUCCCGCAGCACAUUCUUUUGCUCCCCAAGGCGACAUCGGUGGAAUCGUUCGAAGCCCUGCCGCAGCAGCCAUUCUAUCUACCCUCAUCCCGCCCACACUCGCAUCCACCUUCUCCCUGACCGCUCAAAACGUCUGUGCCAAGUGUAACAUCAGCUUCCGUAUGACCAGCGAUUUGGUCUACCACAUGCGGUCUCAUCACAAAAGCGAAGUUGCCUGCGACCCCAAUCGCAGGAAACGCGAAGAAAAGCUAAAGUGUCCCGUUUGCAAUGAAUCCUUCCGGGAGCGUCACCAUCUCACUCGACACAUGACCGCCCAUCAAGACAAAGAGAGCGAUCAAACCGCAUCGGUACCAACAGCCACAUCAUCCGCAGAUGACUUCAACAACCGGCGAAACUCCAAGUGAUCCAAACCUUUCUUCGGAUAUUUUUAAGUUGGCAGUUAAAGUUAGUUAUUUUGAUACGUGUCCCAUUUGUGAUAUUUAUUUUAUUAACGCGGACAAAUCUUGAUGGUGUCAAGCGGGUGGACAGAGUGCAAUUAUUGUUUAAAAAUAUAUUAUAUUUUAUUUUAAUUUAUUUUUUAAAACAUGUAUAGCCUUCCAAAGGUACUUUAAAUGUGGAUUUUGUCAAAGUUCACACGAGUAGAUAGAUACAAAAUAUAACAUUAUGUAAAUUGUAUUGUAUUUUAAAGUUAAUUAAUUUAAAUUAAGUGUUAAGGCGAAAACUUAAACAACAAAUCUUAUAGAAUAUAUAUUAA